GGCAAAGUCACCUGACUGACCACCCAAUCCAGAGGAGCUCUGAGACAAAACAAGCAGAUUCACCGCCCCUUUUUCCAUUACCCGAGAUCUUGUCCUCUUUCCUUUUGAUCUCCUGCCAUACCCUCGACACUCCUUUCAACAACGAACAAUCAGCGGCAAUGAAAUCAAUUUUCGAUAAUCAAUUUUCGAUUCUGGGUUAGUGGACAGAGCAUCGGAGAUGGCUUCUCUGCCACAGGGCGAUUCCGUCCGAUCACAUAAGGAUUAUAUAAUUGGCUGACUUUGUACGUGAAGUAUCAGUUUUGGGAUCUGACUCGGCUGAGGGACAAAAUUGCGAAAGGAGUUGCGAAAGGAAGAGCGAAUGGUAGGAAUGUCGGCUCCAACCCUGCCGGCUUUCCCGGAGCAGCCUCAGGGUAACUCAUUAUCAUGUGAUCAAGUCACGUGCUGGGAAAGGGGUGAAAAGGGUGAGGGAAAUCGUCGACCUCCCCUUCUUGGUGUGACGACGAGCCUGCGUAUCGCUUCAACGAAGCGCUUUCAAAAUCCGGGGCGGCGCGUCGCGGGCGGGCGGUUGGGACCGAUCAUGGCAAUCAUGUCGAGACCUAGGCGAGGUUUGCCCAAAGCCGCCCGGCAUAGCAACUCAACGUCGUGGUUCGCCCAAGCCAACUCAUCACAGAGAAGUCAGUCAUCCUCUGUCAUCGUCCGCGCAAACAACUGGAAUUCUAUUCGACACGUCUUCCAAAUCCCAUCAUCGACAUAUCACCACCCACACGUCACAUCGCCUUGCCUCGGUGCGCGAGGCGAGGGGUUCAUAGGAGGAGCUGGAAAGGGGGUGAGCCAGGCCUCAGGCGCCGCCAAAAGUAACUGGUCAGUUUCCGAGAGCGUUGAGCGUCCUAUUCGCACAAGGGAGAUUCAUCGCAUUGCUCCGCCUCGAUCAGAGACCCGGAUUUCGCCCAAGGGAGGCAAACAGAUACCAGUCACAUCCUUUGCCCCUUAAUAUCCUGGAACAGGAGUUGAUUGCGAAUCCCGUAUUCCCCACGCCUUCGAAGACGGAGUACAGGCAGCAGGAAUGUGAUAUUGGCGAUCAUUCGUAUUUGGUUUUUUCGAGAGAGUAUUUCGAGACUCCGGUGUUCGCAAUGGGCAUUACUGUGAGUCGUGGGGGAAGUGGGGGCUAGGCAGUGAGAGUGAGACUCAGGCUCCUGGCGCUCUGGACCUGAGCCCCCCGUCAAGACUCGGAACCCCCCCUCUGAAUCUCCCACCUUUGGUGGCACAACCCCACGGAAGAAAGAA